CGCAGCCCAGCACUGGGUCGGCGAGCGCGGCCGGGGGAAGAGGGGAACGGCUCGGCUCGGCUCGGCACGGGACAGAACAGACGGGCUGCGGAGAGCGGAGCGACGCGGCGGCGGCUGCCCCGGAGAAGGGAGGGAGGCGCCGCCGCCGCCGCCGCCGCCGCUGCUGCUGCUGAGGAAGAGCAUGCAUGCAGAGUUCCGUGGCAGAAUAUUUAAGGUACGUGUGCAGUCUAUGGCAAGUUCAUUAGAAGAAGGUGUGACUGGCUACAACAAUCAGCUGAACUUGAGUAUGGAGACCCAGAAUUGCCAGCAAGCUCAGAAAAGGAACUAACUGGAAGAAUUCUGCUAGACAUAGAAGAAGUGGAACACAUUCUUCUGCAACAGACAUUGACUUAGAAUAAAUGCAUGAAUUAAAAACAUCAGUAGUGAAAUGGUAGAUCCUGGUGCUUUUUGAUUCUCUGGUGGAUUUUAUUACUUAGACAUUGCUAUUGACAUUUUUAUUAUCACAUUUAGUACAUCUUGAAUCUACCUGUACAUAAAAAUAACUGGACAAUUGCAUUUUGAUACUGUUUAGUAACACUUUUGAAUGUUAAACCGUUUGCCAAGAUGAGUGCUGAAGGAUAUCAAUACAGAGCUCUGUAUGACUACAAGAAAGAGCGAGAAGAAGACAUUGACUUGCACUUAGGAGAUAUAUUAACUGUGAAUAAAGGUACCUUACUAGCGCUUGGAUUCAGUGAAGGGGAAGAAGCCAAGCCUGAAGAGAUUGGUUGGUUAAAUGGCUUUAAUGAAACCACAGGGGAGAGGGGGGAUUUCCCAGGAACUUAUGUAGAAUACAUUGGAAGAAAAAAAAUAUCUCCCCCAACUCCAAAGCCUCGUCCUCCUCGACCCCUUCCUGUCGCACCAAGCCCUGCAAAAGCUGAAGCAGAGAAUGAGCAACAAGCUUUUUCGCUUCCAGAUCUUACAGAGCAGUUUUCACCUCCUGAUGUUGCUCCACCAAUCCUCAUCAAGAUAGUGGAGACAAUUGAAAAGAAAGGUCUGGAGUGCUCAACUUUGUAUGUAACACAAGGCUCAAGCAGCUCAGCAGAAUUAAGACAAAUUCUUGAAUGUGAUGCCUCUUCAUUGGAUUUAGAGACUUUCGAUGUACACACUUUAUCAGAUGCUCUCAAGAGAUAUCUCCUGGACCUGCCAAAUCCCAUCAUUCCAGCAGCUGUUUACAGUGACAUGAUUUCUGUAGCUCAAGAAGUCCAGAGCUCAGAGGAAUAUGCUCAGUUGCUGAAGAAACUCAUCAGAUCUCCAAAUAUACCUCCCCAAUAUUGGCUCACACUCCAAUAUUUGCUCAAACAUUUCCUCAGACUUUGUCAAGCCUCCAGCAAAAACCUCCUGAAUGCAAGGUCUCUAGCUGAAAUUUUCAGCCCUCUGCUUUUCAAAUUCCAGAUAGCAAGCUCUGAUAAUACUGAACACCACAUAAAGAUCCUAGAGGUUUUAAUCACAAGUGAAUGGAAUGAGAGACAGCCUGUACCAGCACUGCCUCCUAAGCCACCGAAACCUAAUACUGUAACUAACAACGGCAUGAAUAACAACAUGUCAUUACAAGAUGCUGAAUGGUACUGGGGAGAUAUCUCAAGAGAAGAAGUGAAUGAGAAGCUUCGAGACACUGCAGAUGGUACCUUUUUGGUACGAGAUGCUUCAACCAAAAUGCAUGGGGACUACACGCUUACACUAAGGAAAGGAGGAAAUAACAAAUUAAUCAAAAUAUUUCACCGAGAUGGGAAGUACGGCUUUUCUGACCCGUUAACUUUCAACUCUGUGGUUGAGCUAAUAAACCACUACAGGAAUGAAUCUCUAGCCCAGUACAAUCCUAAACUGGAUGUAAAAUUACUGUAUCCAGUGUCUAAGUACCAGCAGGAUCAAGUGGUAAAAGAGGACAGCAUUGAAGCAGUGGGGAAGAAAUUACAUGAAUAUAAUACCCAGUUCCAAGAAAAAAGCCGAGAAUAUGACAGACUCUAUGAAGACUACACAAGAACAUCUCAGGAAAUUCAAAUGAAAAGAACAGCUAUUGAAGCAUUUAAUGAAACAAUAAAAAUAUUUGAAGAGCAGUGCCAGACGCAGGAGAGAUACAGUAAGGAAUACAUCGAAAAAUUUAAACGCGAAGGAAAUGAAAAAGAAAUACAAAGAAUUAUGCACAACUAUGAAAAACUGAAGUCUCGAAUAAGUGAAAUUGUGGACAGCAGGCGUAGAUUAGAAGAGGACUUAAAGAAGCAAGCCGCUGAAUAUAGAGAGAUAGACAAGCGUAUGAACAGCAUUAAGCCAGACCUCAUACAGCUGAGGAAGACAAGAGACCAGUACUUGAUGUGGCUGACUCAGAAAGGUGUUCGGCAAAAGAAGCUAAAUGAAUGGCUUGGAAAUGAAAAUACAGAAGACCAAUACUCUAUGGUAGAUGAUGAUGAAGACUUGCCCCAUCAUGAUGAGAGAACAUGGAAUGUGGGAAAUAUCAACAGAAGCCAAGCUGAAAAUCUGCUGCGGGGAAAGCGAGAUGGAACAUUCCUGGUUCGAGAGAGCAGCAAGCAAGGCUGCUAUGCCUGCUCUGUUGUGGUGGAUGGAGAAGUUAAGCACUGUGUGAUAAACAAAACACCUACUGGGUAUGGAUUUGCAGAGCCAUAUAACUUGUACAACUCUCUCAAAGAACUGGUGCUACAUUAUCAACACACAUCACUUGUGCAGCACAAUGACUCUCUCAAUGUCACACUAGCCUACCCAGUAUAUGCACAGCAGAGGCGAUGAAGAUCUUAAUACUCUGGGUGUUUGGUUUUUUUCUAAAGAAAAGAUUUGACAACAUUGAGGCCUCUGGAGAGAGCAGGCUCCUUUCAGCCUUACUCAAGAAUUUGAGCUGCAGUAUCAAAGCUAUCUGUCUUCAGAUGGGACUAGAGCUUUCCUUCACAACUGCAGUCGGAAAGAUCACAGUAUUAAGCUGUGAACGUAUGUUUCUAAUCUGAAGUGCUUUUUUUAAAUUGAGAAAAGAAAAACACAAGAGAGAGAGAAAUCCUAACCUGAUCUCCCUGCAGGGACAUAGAGGCCUUUAACCAUGGUGCUUGUUUACGACCACUUCUGAAGCUUUACCAGCUAGAACGUUGGAUUCUGCAGACACAAGGUGUAAGAGGUCUUUGUCAUUUGGUUAUUGGAAUUUCUUGGUCACAACCUGGCUUGGAUUUGAUGUUGCUGCACUCAGUGGAUCCAGACACACAGCAUUGUGGAUUUUUUGGUUUCUGGUGAAUGAUAUGUAGCAGAAUGGCACUUUCAUUUAUAAGGGACACUUUAAAAGGACUUCAGUUACAGUAUGUUGUUUGGAGGAAUUGUAAUAGUGAAGUGCCAGGAAGUGUUUUGCUUAGACAUUUAAAAAUCCUGUUUUAAGAAUUUAUUUAAGACUGAAGAAAACAGGACUUUCAAUGGCAUACAGUCUUUAAUAAUGUACAUACUGGAUGACUAACUAUCAUUGAUGGAAACUAUCAAUACCAAACUGCUUCUCUUUUCCCCUUUCUGUUUGCUGAAAGCUGAAUUCUUAGACCAUGCUAUGCAAUACUGAAUUUUCUUUAGGCUGUAGUCUUCUCUUGAGCAUGUCUACAGGUUAAGCUUGUUUCUUUCUUCUUUACUUGCCUUCUUUUUUCUUUCUUUUUUUUGCCUGAAAAUACUUUUCUUGAUGAUUAUUUUUUGUUAUUCUUUUGAUGUUUUGGUUUUUUUUUUGUUUUUUUUUUUGAUGUACAGGAAGCCAGCAAGAGUUGGCUUCAGAAUUAAAACUAUGAAAUAUUUUACAAUUUUCUUUGUAUAGAAUAUUGAGCUACUAGCUCAAAGUUUAAAAAGUUCAUCUUUUUUUUUUUGACUAAAUAUUUUGUUGGGCAGUGCCUGAUAAGCUUCAAAGCUGCUUUAUUCAAUAAAAAUAUAUGAACAUUACAAAAUAUCAUUGAGUCCAACAAUAUUGUUUCAGAGAUACCUUUAGAGUACGGUACCUUGCUAUGUUUGCUUUUGAAGCAUUUUGAACUUCUGUCAUGAUUGUCUUUGUAUUUGAAAGAUGAAAAAUUGUGUAUCCUUCUCUGAUAAUGACUGCAGAAAAACAGGAAAAUUUAGCUACUGGAGUAUAUAGGUUGGAUUUCAGAAUGAAUCCACACUUCAUAGUAAAUAAAUGACAUCUUGACCUACUGUGGCAGAAUUUUUGUCAGCAUGUCAAGGUAUUUUCAUUUCAUAUGAAGGAAGUUUCUCUAAACUGUUGCCUGGAUUUGUUUAUCGUACUAGUAUUUUUAAAGAAAUCUCCCACCUGUACUCAGAACAAUUGGAUACAACAUAGGGCUAAAUAAGACUGGAAAACCUCUAUUCUGAAAAAUGAUUAGGCUUUCAUAGUUAAUAUUUUGGAUUAUUUUCAUAAGUUUGUAGACUGAGGGAGUAUCAAACUGAACAUUUUCAUAGUUUCAGGCACUAGAGACUUACAGAAUUAUGGUUUGUUUAAAGGAAACAAAUACAUGAAUCCCACUAAAGCAAACUUACUAGUAAUUCUGGGACAAUUCACUGUGGGUGGCUUGCAGUGGUUAUUGUUAUUAUAUAUUUUUUGCCAUGACCAUUGCGGAAAUUUGUGCAUUGCAAAUUGAUAAAGUAAUGAAGUUCACAUAAAUAUUGGACAAGUUUUGACUAAGUUAAGAUGAAUUUAUUCUUCCCCAAAGAUGCACAGGGAAAACCCAUUACUAUUUAAGGGACUUACACACGAUCAAAAGAGUAGGUCCCAUGGAGCUGUCUCAUAACAACUCUGCUUUAGAGAUACAUGUAUUUUGAUUCCAAGCAUUCAGUACUUACUAAGCUACUGAAAAUAAUGAGGAAUUUGCCAGUCUCCAGUAGUUUUUAUAUUAUCUUUUAAUUUUUACAUUAUCCCUUCAUUUCUGAGACUGUAAAGCUUUUUUUUUCUUUAAUUAUGUGGAUUUUAUGCUUUUUUGGUGGGUUGUCUUUGCUUUCCUAUAGAUGUAUUUUCUCUCUAGAAUCUAUAUCAGGAAACAAGAUACAACCAACAUAAAUGUUUCAGGAUAGUCAUCAUUUUCAAAAUUAUUCUGAUUUUUUUAUUUUCUAAAUAGAAGUUUAGCCUUCAUCCCUUCCAUUCCUCAUUCCACCCUCCUUUCAGGCCUCUCAGAAUAGGACCAUUUAAAUUUGGUUUUCUAAUAACUGGUUUUUACUAUGAAAAGCAACAAUUACUCUAGCAUGACAGUCAUACUACUGGGCUUGACAUUACAAAUUAGCUCAAUAUACAACAAUUUAACACUUGUAGCAAUCCAAGGUAUUCUUCAGACAUAUAUUAAUUUUUGAAUGUUAAAUACUUUAAGAGUAAAAUCGUAUUUUUUUCUCUAUAAGCAAAAUAUAUGUAAUCUGAAUGGAUGUUUCACUUAGUAUUUCUCAAGAAAUUUCAUCGUAGUUAAGGCAUUUGGAUCUAAUUUUCCUCAUAUUAAGAAAACCUCUGCUAUGUCAGUGGGCCAUAUCCUUAGCAUGCCCAGCCCAGUACGGGAUAUCAUUUGUUCCUGUUGUGCUGUACUACUUCACUUCAUCUGUGGUUGUAGCAGAGAAAAAAUAGUGUGCGUGCAAAUUUGGCACUUGCUUUUAUUGCACAAGCAACAAUGAGAAAUAAGCACUAUGUUAUGGGGAUAAAUGCUUUUAGGGCUUCGUUAGGGGAAGUUCUGCCUACACAGGGUCUGUGCAAUUCACAAGGAUGCCCCCGAAGUGGGCAUGAGUGGGGUUUCUUUGGUACCUGGGUAUUGUGUGGCCUCUGCAUUUCCCUCCCUCCUUAAUGCACAGAGCUGCAUCCUGCCAAAGGCCCUAUUCACUGCAGAGUUGUUUGUCCUUAAUGUACCAUAUUGUUCACUCCAGUUUUGAUUUGAUCUCAGACUAAUAUAUACAGAAAAAAAGCAUGUGGAUAUAACUGAAGAAACGCAAUGCUUUUCUGUGUUUCUAUUGACGUAUACUUUUUCCACCUAAUAUGAUUCAAGGGUGGGAAUUGUUUUGGUAUGUUUUUUUGGUUUGGGGAAUUUUUUUAUUUUAAAUCCCUGAGUUAUGCUGCACUGCAGCAGCACUUUUGCAAGGCUUUUGUAAAGUAUGAGGCAUAACACAGAGAACCAACACCCGCAGGGAAAAUUAGGAGCUUCUGAUUUCCGUAAGUUGAAAUUGGGAUUUCCAGUUUUGGGGAUAUUCAUGUGUGCAUCAGUGCAUAUGCGCACACACUUGCUGUGUUUAUGUAUGAAUAGAUCUCAGUAUAGGUGCAUUUUCACCAAACGUGAUCAUUUUGCUGAAUUCAGUAAGUGAUAUUAUUAAUUUUGUGUAAAGACACACACAUGCACUAGACCUUUGUGGGUGCAGCAUGUUUCCAAAUACAGUUAGAAGACUGAGUUUCUGUGUUGUUGUUGUUUUUUUUUUAAAAAAAGCUUGUCUGUAUGGUUCAUUUAUCUAAAAAAAAAAUCUUAUCAAACUGUAAAACCAAAUCUUAAAAUUUUCUAUUUGGUGUCAACUGUUCUGUAGUAAAGAAAUGGCUUUGUCUUGUAAUUGGCAAUGAAAUAAUAAUGCUUGGGAAAACAUGCAAAUGCUUCUAAUGGGGAAAACUUCUGCCGAUUUUCACACAGUGCUUUUGCUAUGCAUGGUAUUAAGUUGGGAAAGUGAAUCCUGAUAGUAUUUUUUUCAGGGUCACUUUAGAAUGGGCAGCACAAAGCACAAUGCCUCCCAUAGGACAAGGUUCCAAAAUGCAACAUUUUAUGUAGAAUCAUGUUGUAUUUACUGCAGUGGAAAACUAAACUGGACUGGAGGAGUGGGUAACGUUACAUUGCACUUGUCCUAAUGAGACUGCAUUAGCUGCCCAAGAUGCUGCUAUUUUUUUUUAUUAUUAUUAUUGUUUUUAAAAAUAAAGCUCUGUUCUGUUAAAUGUCUUUAAAACAUUAAGAUUACUUUGUUUUAAAAUGGUCUUUGAGGAGGUGGAGGGUAAAGUGGGUUGUAAAUUGCCUUCACAAGGCAACAGUGAAAACAUGCCUCCUUGAAAUUUUGUUCAAGCUAUAGAGUUGAUGGAGCUGUGUCUUGUUUUUAAGUUGCUUUAAAAAUUGUAAUAAGUCUUCAAGCAGAAUAAAGGUUGUUUUGAAACUGCA